AUAUGAUGUAUUCAUGAUUAUACUGAACAUCCUAGUUUUGUCAUUGAUGCAAUUUAGUAUCAGGACAUAAUGUAGCAAGCUGAAAUAUUAAAUCAUCCAUUCUACUUAUUUUCACCAAGAUGUUCUCACCAAAUUUGUCCACCAUUAAAAAUUAAAAGUCAGAAAAAUUAAAGGUAUAUGUACGUCUGGAUAAGAAGUGACAUUCACGAUAAGGGCUGGGUAGAAUAUGGAGCUGUGUUACCGUUGGCGAAUUCUGUGCACAAUAUGGAGUUCUCUGGAGGUGGUGUGCUUUGCAGGCAUCAUCUGGGGUUGGGGUUCUCUAGUCUUCGUUUUGAAAGAAGAGGGCAUUUACGAAGAAUUCUGUGGUUAUUCCUGGAGGGAAGGUGCCAGUCCAUCAGAGGAUGUAUACAACAAAUCUAUACUUGAUAACAACAUAUCAAACCCUAUAUCAAACUUGACAAACACUUGCCAUGCACAGGAGGAAAAGCUUAACUUGUGGUUCUCUAUUGCUGUUGGGUCGAUGUACUGUGGACUAGCUAUCGUAGGACAGAUAUCCAUGCGCUUAGGAACAAGGAUUACUCGUGUUAUUUGCACGUCAGUAUAUGUGAUUGGAUUUCUUUGCAUCGCAUUUGCCAGCAAAGGUAUUGCAUUGAUCAAAAAGUUCCUUUGCUUAAAAAGAAAUGAUAUGGGGUUUCAGUGUAGAAAUGUUUCGAAAUUUGCACUUCUGAAUUUCCUUUCAAAGGUUGCUAAUUUGUACACGACGAUUCAGACCACCAUUGUGGCAUUGUUUUCUGGUUUGUUCGACGCUUCAACAAUUAUACAGCAUUUUGUUAAGAUGGCUUUUGAGAAUGGAAUACCAAGAAGGCAUUCUUAUUUGUUCCUAUGUGGCAUGGGUUUCGUAAUUUUCAAUGUCCAAACAUUUGUAUUCCUACCAAAAGACCAUAUACAGCGAUCGGCCUGCAUACAUAAGAAAAAACCAAAACGCAAAGACAGCGAUACCGGUGCAAAUAACACUCUACUGGAAGAUACAAAUAACACUCUACUGGAAGAUACAAAUAACACACUACUGGAAAUGGAAGAAAAAAAUUAUCGUGAAAAAAGUGUUCCUGGGGAGGACAACCUGAAGACACACAUUUUGUCUUUUGCGUACGUUUCCCAUACCAUUUGGAUGUCCAUCAACGUGCUUUUGUUUGUUACCUUUGUUGGUCUGCUAAAUACAUGGUUAUCUAACAUGACUGAAAAUUCAUCUACUGUAAGCUAUUACUUGGAUACCUUCGCUUAUACCACUAUCUCUACCUGCAUCACGGCUGUUGUAGCUGGAUUUGUGUAUGACUGGCAGAGAAAAAGAUUUAGAGGCAGCCCAAUUCCUGGACGAUACUUCUUUCCUAUAUGCCUACCUAUGGCGAUUACUUGGUUGUUUGGCACGCUGUGUUACCUACUUCCUCUUUUGUUCGAUUCGUUUUCAGUGGUACUGCCAAUCUUCAUCUUGUUUACUUUUUAUCGUUCCUUUCUGUUUUCAAUUGGAAUAGCAUUUCUUGGAGAAGCAUUUCCAUUGAAGUAUUUUGGUGUCCUCUACGGCACGGCAAUGUUUAGCGUUGGUUCAACCAGUUUGUUACAAUACGCCUUCUUCGAAUGGAGUAGUGCAUAUCAGAAUGGUUUUACACAUGUCAAUGUAUGUCUUCUGAUUUUAGCAGUUUCAAUGUGCUAUCAGCCAAUCCUGUUGUGGAUACGUGGUGGAAGAAAUAAGUCUUCCCUAAAAAGCAAUAUAAACAAUAUGGAAAUUGUACUCAAUCCUCCAGCUUGAUAAUUGUUAAUAUUUAUUUUUUAAGCAAUUAUUAGUACUUGCCUGUGAUAUGAUUGUGAUAUUCAGAAUUUUAACUUCUAAUCAUUAUUUCGAUUCUGAAUGUUUGAUCAAUUUAUUGUUGAUUUCUUUUACACAAUAAUAAAUUA